GCUCUCGGCUCCUUUGCGGCGGGUCGGUUCCUGCUUUUGGUUUCGGCAGGAGGGGAACUGCAUCCGGGGCGAGGCUUCGCCUAUUGUCUGGGUUACGGAGGCGGCCUGUGGGACGCCGCGCAGCCUCUCCCUCUUCAGCGCGGGGUUGCCGCCUAGAGGGGAGCCUGCCGGGCUUGGGGCUGAGGGCUGCCUCCUCAUGUGCCCGCGAGCGUCUGCUCGGCUCCAUGGAUCGCAGCUCGAAGAGGCGGCAGGUGAAGCCCCUGGCAGCUUCCCUGCUGGAAGUUUUAGAUUAUGACAGUUCAGAUGACAGUGACUUUAAGGUUGGAGAUGCUUCAGAUUCUGAAGGCAGUGGACAUGGCAGUGAAGAUGGAUCAAAGGAUAGCGGCGAAGGCUCCUGUAGUGAUUCAGAAGAACAUAUCUUGGAGGAAGAGCUGGCAGAAGAAGAAAAAGUAGAGGAAGAACAACCUAAAAGCUCAGGUGGAGAAGAGCUGCCCAUAACGGAGAAAGAGGUGAUUAAAACUGAGAAAGAGGAGGAGGAGGAGGAGCUGGUGGAUGGAGAAGAGAAGCCUAGAAAGAAAAAAGAGAAAGAGAAACUCUCAGAAGCGGAUGCUGGCAUAGAUGAGCAGACAAACGAACCCAAAAAAUGGAAUUUGCGAAGAAACCGCCCUUUGCUAGAUUUUGUUUCCAUGGAGGAGCUGAAUGACAUAGAUGACUAUGACAGUGAAGAUGACAAUGACUGGCGUCCAACUGCUGGGAGGAGGAAGGGGAAAAACACACUACGUAAAGAGGGAAGUGAUGCAGAUAACGAGGAUGAUGAAGAUGAUGGGAGCGGGAGUGAGGAUGACAAUGAAGAGGAAGGCAAUGAGGAAGAGGAGGAGGAGGAGGAGGAGGAGGAGGAUAACAGCAGUGCUGCUAGUGAUGCCGGAUCCAAGAAGAAAAAAGCGAAAGCUCUUAGCAGAAAUAGUGCUGAUGAGGAGGAGCUGACAAAUGAUAGCCUGGCCCUUUCACAAAGCAAGAGCAAUGAGGACUCGCUGAUUCUUGAGAAAUCUCAGAAUUGGAGCUCUCAGAAAAUGGACCAUAUUAUGAUUUGCUGUGUUUGUCUUGGGGAUAAUAGUGAAGAUGCUGAUGAAAUAAUCCAGUGCGACAAUUGUGGAAUAACAGUGCAUGAAGGUUGUUAUGGUGUUGACGGCGAAAGUGAUUCUAUUAUGAGCUCCGCUUCAGAAAACUCCACUGAACCAUGGUUCUGUGAUGCCUGCAAAUGUGGUGUUUCUCCGAGCUGUGAACUCUGCCCCAACCAAGAUGGAAUCUUCAAGGAGACGGAUGCUGGCAGAUGGGUCCACAUUGUUUGUGCACUCUAUGUUCCAGGAGUAGCAUUUGGAGAUAUUGACAAACUGCGUCCGGUUACUCUCACAGAAAUGAACUAUUCCAAAUAUGGUGCUAAGGAAUGCAGUUUUUGUGAAGAUCCUCGUUUUGCCAGAACUGGCGUUUGCAUUAGUUGUGAUGCUGGGAUGUGCCGAGCAUAUUUCCACGUGACUUGCGCUCAGAAGGAAGGCCUGUUGUCAGAAGCAGCAGCUGAAGAGGAUAUUGCAGAUCCCUUUUUUGCUUACUGCAAGCAACAUGCAGACAGGAUGGAUAGAAAGUGGAAGCGCAAGAACUAUUUGGCUUUGCAAUCUUAUUGCAAAAUGUCUUUGCAGGAGAGAGAGAAACAACUGUCACCAGAAGCUCAGGCCCGAAUUAAUGCCAGGCUACAGCAGUAUCGUGCUAAGUCAGAAAUAGCACGUACCACGAGGCCGCAGGCGUGGGUACCAAGGGAAAAACUGCCACGGCCACUCACUAGCAGCGCUUCAGCAAUACGUAAGCUGAUGCGCAAAGCAGAAUUAAUGGGAAUUAGCACAGACAUCUUUCCAGUGGAUACUUCAGAUACCAGUUCCAGUGUGGAUGGAAGAAGAAAACACAAACAGCCAGCCCUGACCGCUGAUUUUGUCAAUUACUAUUUUGAGAGAAACAUGCGCAUGAUCCAGAUCCAAGAAAACAUGGCAGAACAGAAGAAAAUUAAGGAUAAGCUGGAGAACGAACAGGAAAAACUUCAUGUAGAAUAUAACAAGUUGUGCGAGUCUUUAGAAGAACUUCAGAACGUGAAUGCAAAGCUACGAAACGAAGGACAAGGAAUAUGGGCUGUGCUUGGUAGAAUAAUUGGGCAGAAAUUGAACAUACCAGCAAUUUUGCGAGCACCCAAGGAAAGAAAACCGAGUAAAAAAGAGGGUGGAACCCAGAAGACUACAGCCCUCCCUGCAGUUCUCUAUAGUUGUGGGAUUUGCAAGAAGAACCAUGAUCAACACCUCCUUUUGCUGUGUGAUACUUGUAAACUCCAUUAUCAUCUUGGAUGUCUGGACCCUCCACUUUCAAGGAUGCCAAGGAAGACUAAAAACAGUUACUGGCAGUGUUCAGAGUGCGACCAAGCAGGUAGCAGUGACAUGGAAGCCGACAUUGCCAUGGAAACUUUACCAGAUGGAACUAAGCGAUCAAGGAGACAGAUUAAGGAGCCAGUGAAAUUUGUUCCACAGGAUGUACCCCCAGAACCAAAGAAGAUUCCUAUCAGAAACACGAGAACUCGAGGACGAAAACGAAGCUACAUUCCUGAAGAAGAAAAACCUGAGGAACGUAUUCCUAGAGAAAGAAGACAAAGACAGUCUGUAGUACAAAAGAAGCCUAAGUCUGAAGAUUUAAGAACCGAAUGUGCCACAUGUAAGGGAACUGGGGAUAAUGAAAAUCUAGUCAGGUGCGAUGAAUGCAGGCUGUGCUAUCAUUUUGGCUGUUUGGACCCUCCCUUGAAAAAGUCUCCAAAACAAACUGGUUAUGGGUGGAUUUGUCAAGAGUGUGACUCUACAUCCUCCAAAGGUGAAGUGGAUGGAAUGAAACACAAGUAUCAGGACUCCGAGCCGUCAAAUGAGGUGGUAUCAGAGGCCUCAACUAGUGUUGUACCCUCUACCUCAAGAAGUAGCUCUGAACAGCUGGUAUCGGUGGCACAGACAUAUCCAGAAGAGGAGGAUGAAAAUGAAGCAGAGGAAAAUUCACCUCAAGAGUCAAACAUGGAGCAGAAAAAUUCCAAAAAAUAGAAAUUUAUUUCCUCUUGGAAAUAUUUUCAAGUCGUGCCACAGUGAUUAAAGUGUCCGAUUGUAAAAAUUACAGAAUGUUGUCAAUAAAUGACACAGGGAAAUAAAAUAUACAUUGCACUGGGGAAUUGUUUAAUUGGGUCUUGGUGACGUUUAUGGUUAUUUGAAAACAUGAAUUUUCAGCACAAGGGCGGGAGGACUAUUAAGUGUAUAAAAGCUUUGGAGUUACGAACGGAAGAGCAGAGUUCUCAUUACUGUUAUUUUUUGCUAUGCAAAGUUGUUGAAAUCUUCAUUGCAUUAUUUAAUGUAACUCCUGAAAGGCCAAAUAUCCCUCAGCAUUGAUGCAUGGCUUUGCUACUUAGGAAUUUGAAUAAGUAUGUAAUUACAAAACAUACAGAAAUAUAUGAACUAAAAUUAAUAAAUAGGGAGGGCAACCAGUUUCUCUGGAUUGUGAAAAAAAAAACUUGGCAAAAUCCGUGUAUCUUUUGAUCCAUUCCAAAUACUUGGCAUUUACAUAGCAUGAACCAGAUUCUCCACUGUCAAUUAUCUGCUCUUACGUGGAGUGUUGCAGCUUCCCCGUUCUUCCUUUCAUGAUCUACCUAGCAUUUAUUUAUCCCUUAGCUUAGAAAAUGUUUCAUUUGAUCUAUCCUUACUUUAUAUAAGGAAACCUGAUCUGCAAAGCACUCUUUUUUGUGUGUAGCUUUGAGUUUUUUAGUAGGGCUGUACCUGAAUGUUAACAAAUUUUAAUUGAUUGUCAGAUUUUUAGUUUACUUUAAUCUAUUGAUUAAAUUUGCAUAUUCAUAA